UCCGGGGCUGUCGAAAGCAGUCUUCCUCCCGAUACCAAACCCAACCCUCACAUUGGCGCCCUCUCAACAGCCAUCGCCACGCGAUUCGAGCGAUUUAUGGAAGCUCAGAUCCUAUACUUGCAUGUCAAGCUUCAGACUGCAAAGUCAAAAAUGAUCAAUGUUAAUCCAGUGGCGUUUGCUUUUGAUGGGGAAUACUCGACUGUUAUUGGUAAUAAGUCUGAUAUUCAGGGUGAGCAGAAGGGUUCUGAGGCUCGCACAGUCAAUAUGCGGCAGGACGCAUGCAAUAUCGUGAGGGAGUUGAGCGAGGCGUUGGGCACCGUGUUUAAUCCUAUGGGUUCGUUCCCAAACGAGUUCGGAGGUAUCAUCAUGCGAUUUUCAUGCGUUGUCGUCGUCAACGUGCCGCUCCCCUUUGCUCAGUCUAAACCCAACGACACCUUGCACGACCCGGACGCAGCCAAGGACGCUGAGCAGAACGACGACUCGGAUGUCUUCGUCAAGAGGAUGGUAGGCGAGCUGGAGGUGACGGUGCAUCCAGACAACACUCAUAAAUUGUUCGUAGGGCAGCGAUAUGUCAUACAAUUUCGUUUGAUAGGUUGAGGUUUUAUAAUGCAUUUACAUAUGUAAACUAGACUACCACACUCGUAUAUAUAUAUAUACGAUAGCAUUGAGAUUAA